AUGUCGCAACAGCGAAAUCCCCCAGAGGGAUCCGAAACAAACACACACGGUCUUCCCAAAGCCUUCGACCUGGAAAAAUCUACCAUGGUAGUAGGUUCGAUCUUCCCAUUGUAUGAGGGAAAGCCCCAACCAGAAUUCAGUUAUCUAGAAUGGGACACUGCUCCAGAGAUUCUCUGUGCGGACCCAGAGCGACUCCCCAGUUCAGUAACAUGCUAUACGGAUCCAUUUACUUGGCCGGUAGCACAGAAGAACGGGAUCACUAUUUUAGCUUCUCUUUCGACUGCUAUGGGUGCAUAUUCGGCUGGGGCUUACACUAGUGGGCUUGAUCAAAUGAUGGAGGAAUGGCAUGUUAGCAGGCUGGUACUGUUGGCUGGAAUCACGACAUUUACAGCUGGAUUUGCGUUACCGCCUUUGGUGCUUGGUCCUUUUUCUGAGGUUGGUUGUUGUGGUUUUCUUCUGUUCUAUUUACCUCGGGUUGGGAGGGUAAGUUAGAGGGUCCGGGAGUGAAGAUCUAUGUUUGUGUGCCCGGAGCGCCGGUGUCGAUUUUAUGGGUUGGCGGAAGGGUACUGAUUUGAUGAGUUAUUAGGUGUAUGGGCGACGGGAUGUUUACCUCGUUACUUUCGGGCUGUACAAUGGUUUGUCUAACCCGUGUUUCUUGUAACACACAACUUACAUAUCUUCAGUCUGUCAUCUUGCCACGGCUUUAUGUCGCUCGUCCACUGGGAUGGUUGUCCUUCGUUUCUUCUUGGGUGUCGGUGGAAGCACGUUCGGUGCUAUGAUCGGUGGUAUCAUAUCAGAUAUCUAUCUUGCGCCAGACCGUGGCUUCCCAAUGGCACUCUUCGCAAUGUUUGGGCUCGCCUUCACCGGCGUUGGACCACUUGUGAGCGGGGUCAUCGCAGAGCAUCUAUCUUGGCGUUGGAUCCACUGGGUCCAAUUGAUAUUCAAUGGGGUAUUGAUGGCAAUAUCGUUUCUCGUUUUAAAGGAAACUAGGGGAAGUGCGUUACUGAGCCGUAAGGCUAGGGCUCUAAACAAGUUUCUGGAUGAAAGUGGGGAUCGAGGGAACAGAUGGAAAGUGAAGGCAGAUGAGGAAAGGGAGAGCAUUUCCCUGAUGGUCAGGGUGUCCUUGACUAGGCCGUUCAGAUUUCUUAUCACUGAGCCUGUGGUAUUCUGGUUUAGCUGCUGGUUGACGUUCGCAUGGGGGAUUCUAUAUAUGUGGGCGAACAGCUACCCCAGCUCAUUGAAAUGAGAUAAGUGUCUAACACAGCUAUGUGUAGGUUCCUAGAAGCUAUCCCCCUGGUCUUUAUAGAAAGCCACGGGUUCACCAUCGCCCAAGUUGGCUAUGUAUUCGCAGGUAUUUACCACCCUCAAUUGUACUCAUCCACCACUAAAGGGGUACAGCAAUGCCCGUCGGCUGUUUAAUAGCUUUAUACUGCAACGCCCUGAUAGAAACUGGCGCGGCAAAAUACUUCGCAGGAGCCACUCCAAGCCCCGAAUCCCGCCUCUACUCUGCCUGCACAAUGGGCUGUCUUCUGCCAAUUGGGCUGUUCUGGUUUGGUUGGACAUCCUUCCCGUCUCAACACUGGAUACUCCCGACAAUGGCCGUCAGCUGCGUAAUGAUGGGGAUCUACGCCAUUUAUCUCGCCGUGUUUAAUUAUUUCGCCGACACGUACCACCAAUACGCAAGCUCUGCACUCGCCGCCCAAAGUUUCUGUCGAAACUUUUUCGCUGGUGGGUUUCCGCUCGUGGCGGACGUGAUGUACCACCACAUGGGCUUUUCUGGUGCUUCGAGUCUCCUUGGGUGCGUCGGGACGCUGCUGACCCUUGUGCCCUGGAUUUUGAUGUUUUAUGGGACGAGGAUUAGGGCUAGGAGCAAGUUCGCCAAGGCAUGAUACCCGAAACCACUCCCCAAUCGUUGUUGUGCAAUCGAGGCUGACGUUCGGGUUAGGAAAUCAUGAACGCUUGAUGCAACCUUUUCCUUGCUUGUUUCGGUUAUGAAAUGUUAUGAUACGUGCCGUUUUUCUAUUCAUUUUGGGGGCAAGUUAAAUAGCGCACUGAUAUAAACUGUACUGUACAUACAUACAUGAUGGUUAGGUAUUAUACACCAUGAUCGCCGCAAUACGGUGCAUAUAGCCUCCUAGAGGGAGUUUCUGCGGCAAUGGGGUCUAUUUAACCCAUUGGUUACUCAACGCUAGUCAGACUCAA